GCUCGUCGCUCGGCUCGGCAUCGGGAGCGCGCUCUGUGUGGCCGCUGCCGCCAUGUUGUUGUGGUUGUGAGAAGGCGGCGGCGGCGGCGGCUGCGGAGUAGCUGCCGGACGAGACGCCUCAGCGGCUCAGGCGCUGCUCCGCACCGGCUCUGGCAGGGAGCCUGGUGGGGUGGCGGAGGAGGAGGCCGUGCCGUGGCGAACCUCGCCAUGUCCUGCUGCCCGUAGAUACGGGAUUUUGCCACGUUGGCCAGGCUGGUCUGGAACUCUUGGCCUCAAGUGAUCUGCCUGCAUCGGCCUCCCAAAGUGCUGGGAUUAGAGUUGUAAGCCAUCGUGCCCGGUCUCCUGGAGAUUUCCUUGUGAAAUCUCCUAGUAGGAAAAGUUCUUGGGAUAAACUUCAUUUGACCUCACCGUAAGGGAAAGAAGAGAGCCUUGUUGGACACUGAAGAAGGGACGAGGAUUUCUCCUCCUAAUCUGGGCCUCCUGUCAUGGAUGAAGAGACUCAGCACAGCCUUGAGUGUAUCCAGGCCAAUCAGAUCUUUCCUAGGAAGCAGCUGAUCCGAGAGGAUGAGAAUCUUCAGGUUCCUUUCCUUGAACUUCAUGGAGAGAGCACAGAGUUUGUGGGCCGAGCGGAGGAUGCCAUCAUUGCCCUUUCAAAUUACAGACUUCACAUCAAGUUCAAGGAGUCUCUUGUUAAUGUUCCAUUACAGCUUAUAGAAAGUGUUGAAUGCCGAGAUAUAUUUCAGCUUCAUUUGACUUGCAAAGACUGCAAAGUUAUCAGGUGUCAGUUUUCCACCUUUGAGCAGUGUCAAGAGUGGCUGAAGAGACUAAACAAUGCAAUUCGACCACCUGCUAAAAUAGAAGAUCUCUUCUCAUUUGCAUACCAUGCUUGGUGCAUGGAGGUCUAUGCCAGUGAAAAAGAGCAACAUGGAGACCUGUGCAGACCAGGGGAGCACGUAACUUCAAGGUUUAAAAACGAGGUGGAGAGAAUGGGUUUUGAUAUGAACAAUGCCUGGAGGAUUUCCAACAUCAAUGAGAAGUACAAAUUAUGUGGUAGCUAUCCUCAAGAGCUCAUAGUGCCUGCCUGGAUCACUGACAAAGAACUAGAAAGUGUAGCAAGUUUCAGAUCCUGGAAGCGCAUCCCUGCCGUCGUGUACAGGCACCAGAGCAAUGGAGCUGUCAUUGCCCGCUGUGGACAGCCGGAGGUUAGCUGGUGGGGCUGGCGAAAUGCAGAUGAUGAGCACCUGGUGCAAUCAGUAGCCAAAGCUUGUGCCUCUGACUCCCGAUCGAGUGGCAGCAAGCAAUCAACUAGGAAUACUUCUCGAGACUUUCCCAAUGGGGGAGACCUUUCUGAUGUGGAGUUCGAUUCUUCUCUGUCAAAUGCUUCAGGAGCAGAGAGUUUAGCCAUCCAACCGCAGAAGCUUUUGAUCUUGGAUGCACGCUCCUAUGCAGCUGCUGUGGCAAACCGAGCCAAAGGAGGAGGCUGCGAAUGCCCAGAAUAUUACCCGAACUGUGAAGUUGUGUUUAUGGGGAUGGCAAACAUUCAUUCUAUUCGGAGGAGUUUUCAGUCUCUGCGGUUGCUGUGCACUCAGAUGCCAGAUCCAGGAAAUUGGCUGUCAGCUCUUGAAAGCACAAAAUGGCUCCAUCACUUGUCUGUGCUUCUGAAAUCAGCGCUUCUGGUAGUGCAUGCUGUGGAUCAGGAUCAGCGGCCAGUGCUGGUGCACUGCUCAGAUGGCUGGGACCGCACCCCCCAGAUUGUGGCAUUGGCUAAGCUCUUGCUGGACCCUUAUUACCGAACCAUAGAGGGUUUCCAGGUCCUCGUGGAAAUGGAGUGGCUGGAUUUUGGCCAUAAAUUUGCUGACCGGUGUGGUCAUGGGGAGAACUCGGAUGAUCUGAAUGAACGUUGCCCAGUGUUUCUGCAGUGGCUUGACUGUGUUCAUCAGCUUCAGAGGCAAUUUCCUUGCUCCUUUGAGUUCAAUGAAGCAUUCCUUGUGAAACUGGUGCAGCAUACCUAUUCCUGCCUCUUUGGCACAUUCCUGUGCAACAAUGCCAAGGAGAGAGGGGAAAAGCAUACUCAGGAACGGACGUGUUCUGUGUGGUCACUUCUUCGGGCAGGCAACAAGCCUUUCAAAAAUCUACUGUAUUCCUCUCAGUCAGAAGCCGUGCUGUACCCUGUGUGCCAUGUGCGUAACCUGAUGCUGUGGAGUGCAGUGUACCUGCCCUGCCCAUCCCCAACCACCCCUGUGGACGACAGCUGUGCGCCAUACCCAGCACCAGGCACCAGCCCUGAUGAUACCCCCCUGAGCCGGCUACCAAAGACUAGAUCAUUUGACAAUCUGACCACAGCCUGUGACAAUACAGUGCCUCUGGCCAGCCGGCGCUGCAGCGACCCCAGCCUGAACGAGAAGUGGCAGGAGCACCGGCGCUCGCUAGAGCUGAGCAGCCUGGCUGGUCCUGGAGAGGAUCCCCUUUCUGCUGACAGCCUGGGGAAGCCCACCAGAGUGCCAGGGGGUGCCGAACUUUCUGUUGCAGCUGGAGUAGCCGAGGGGCAGAUGGAGAACAUCUUGCAGGAGGCCACCAAAGAGGAGAGUGGAGUAGAGGAGCCUGCUCACAGGGCAGGCACCGAGAUGCAGGAGGUUAAAGAGGACUCUCUCUUAGAAAAGGAGAGCAGGAGGAAGACACUUGAGGCCUCAGCCAUUGGACUUCACCAAGAUCCAGAACUGGGUGAUACUGCUCUGAAGAGCCAUCCAGGCAUGAGCCUGCCUCUGUUUUCACAGGGUAUUUCUGAACAGCAGGGUGGGCACAGUGUUCUCCUCAGUUCUCUCCAGGUUCCCCCCAGGGGAGAGGAUUUUCUGGAGGACCCUGUGGAGCAGUUUCGAACAGAGGAGAUUACAGAGGGUAGGGAGGAAGCAGUUCUUCCAAAUCCAGUAGAUGCAAAAGUUGGCUAUGGUACCUCACAGUUGUGUUCUCUGCUGUCUUCCCAAGUCCCUUUUGAGACCAGAGGACCAAACGUGGACAGUUCCACAGACAUGUUGGAAGAUAAGGUGAAGUCAAAAAGUGGGUCCCAAGGCCAUCAUAGACCUUACCUUGUGAAUAGUGGCAAGGACAUGCUUCCCCAAACCAUGGAACCCAGCCCUUCAGAGAAAAGCAUGGUCGAGAGGCCCCAAGCAGGGUCUGUGGUGCACAGGACUUCCCCUGGCAGCACUCUCAGCUUGACACGUUCCCCUUGUGCCUUGCCUUUAGCCGAAUGUAAAGAGGGGCUUGUGUGCAAUGGUGCCCCAGAGACUGAAAACAGGGCCUCAGAGCAGCCCCCAGGUCUUAUCACCCUCCAGAAGUACCCCACACCCAAUGGGCAUUGCGCCAAUGGGGAGGCUGGGAGGAGCAAGGACUCACUGAGCCGUCAGCUGUCUGCUAUGAGCUGUAGCUCUGCCCACUUACACUCGAGGAACUUGCACCACAAGUGGCUGCAUAGCCACUCAGGGAGGCCAUCUGUAACCAGCAGCCCCGACCAGCCUUCCCGCAGCCACCUGGACGAUGAUGGCAUGCCAGUGUACACGGACACGAUCCAACAGCGCCUGCGCCAGAUUGAGUCAGGCCACCAGCAGGAAGUAGAAACUUUGAAGAAACAAGUCCAGGAGCUGAAGAGUCGCCUAGAGAGCCAGUACCUGACCAGCUCGCUACGCUUCAAUGGAGACUUUGGGGAUGAGGUGACUUCAAUCCCCGACUCGGAAAACAAUCUGGAUCAGAGCUGUUUGUCUCGCUGCAGCACAGAGAUUUUCUCUGAAGCCAGCUGGGAGCAGGUGGAUAAACAGGACACGGAGAUGACCCGUUGGCUCCCUGACCACCUGGCCGCCCACUGCUAUGCGUGUGACAGUGCCUUCUGGCUUGCCAGCAGGAAGCACCACUGCAGGAAUUGUGGGAACGUAUUCUGCUCCAGUUGUUGUAACCAGAAGGUUCCAGUUCCCAGCCAGCAGCUCUUUGAACCCAGUCGAGUAUGCAAGUCUUGCUAUAGCAGCCUACAUCCUACAAGCUCCAGCAUUGACCUUGAACUGGAUAAGCCCAUUGCUGCCACUUCCAACUGAAGCUUAGUGACCUGGGUGGGCAGUGGCCAUGCUGCUGUUCCUGUGAAAGGCCCAAACAGCCUGGGCAGACCGAGAGGCCCGUGCACUUUGGAAUGGGGGUGUGGAACCACCUGUACAGAGUGACAGAAAUUUGGGAUGCACCACUGGAUUGUAGAUUGAUUUUUCUUUCCUGUCCCCCCUACUCCCUACCUUUUCCAUCUUCCUUCUCUGCCUUCAAAAAAGGAAACUCUCCCUUGGUUAAUUUUUUUUUUUUUUUUUUUUUUGAUGGAAGACCGGAGGUUGCCAGGCCCGCUGUAACUGCCGAGCUGCCUGCUGUCAGGUGACACCGAGGGAUGGCUUGUUUCUUCCAGGUGGGAGGACAGUGGUCAGAGCCAGGAGUAUGGAGAUAUGAGACAGUAAGUAGGGAAGAAAGCCAGGGCUAACAAGCAACCAUUCCUCACACCACCGCCACAUCAGAGCUGGUUGGGAAGCCUUUGCUGCUGGGGAGGCUGGAAGCAUGUCUGUAUUCCCCAGGAGCACUGCCCUGGGCAUCAUCUCCUUCCUGUGAGGAGCUGAGCCAGUCCCCUCACAGAUGGAUAAAUGGGGCUGAUGUUUGGAGGGAGGGACACAUGGUAAAUGGCAUCCCCUUAUAUCCCUCUUUGGGAAAGGAAAGUGUAUGCUCCUUUGAGGCAGGCAAGGGGCUAGGAGUGGGUGGCCAUCAUGUUAUCCCCCAUGGGAUUUUAUUUUUAACUCGACCCAGAUUGCCUUGGGCUCCGUUUGCUUUCAGGGGGCUGCUUCCCUGGGCUAGGCUGUGUAGCACUUCCUACCCUCAGGCAUGAGUACAGACUGGCCAAAAUGGUUAUCCACUCAAGGCCAAAGCCUACCCUGAGCCCAGGCACACCUGAGUCCCUCAACAGUCUCUUCCUCAGCCAGCACAGGGAAAUCCAGACUCAGGGUUCCAGAAAUCCCCCAUUCCCAAACCAAACCAAUCAUGGAUCUUCCCUUUAAGGGGUAGAAUCAGCCUUUAGAGUUACAAGCCCCUGGAAAGGGAAGCAGGUCCCUUUACAAUCAGCCUUCGUCCUUCUCCUUCUCGGAACAGGAAGGAGGACUGAACAGUCCCUCUUCCCCACUCCUGGCUGUCUGAGUGGCCACUUGUCUGGCUGCUGGCCAGCAGUGAAGGGCCACUUAGAGCAGUGACAUGGCCUGGAGGAGAUUCGGGGUACCUUUCCUCAGUGAGCUUUGAUAGGGUCCAAAAACAGCCUUAAAUCAAGAAUAUUUGUGGUGGAGGUGGGCGUCGGAAAGGCUGGAGAAGAGUUAGGUUUGUGCUUUGUAAUCUUGGCAUCCCUGUAUUGUGCCUGCCCUCCCUCUUGGGGAGGCUAUGCUUGGCUCUGCUGAAAGCUGCUAACUGGUGACAGGGUGGAUCAUGGUGAGGGCUAGGGAUAAGGUCAGGGAAGGCUUAAGCUCUGGCCCUGCCCUCUAUUCCUCUUCUCCUUUGGUAGCAGUUCCCUGACCCAAGGGCAAGCUGUGUCUCAGGAAGGUGGCUCCUGUGCGUACCUGGGUGUGGUUAAGGCAUGGCCCAGAAGCCUUCCGUGGUGCUGUCAGUCCAGGCAAAGCCCAGAGCAUCUGAGCGUGUCUAUGACUUCCAGCAGCAACACGUUGCUCAGAGUUUGUGGUGAAACAGCAUAUAUUCUUUUCCACAUUCUGUGUCACCUAGUCGUGCAGGUAGGGAAAAGUUGGUCUAAUUGAAGAUUGUGCAGUUCCUAGUGACAGGUGCCAAGAGGUUAUGAUACGGGUUUCUUGGGUCUGAUGUACAGUGUGAAUAAAUGCUUGCAGCUCUUAGCCCUUUUUUGAUCAAUGAAGCACUUUUUUAUUAAUAUUUUCCUUUGUUAAAGGAGGAACCGUAACUCUCUGUAGCUGUACAUAUAACCCUUUUCUCCUAAAGAGGAGUCAGUGCUCCUAUAUUUUUAAUUUUUUUGUCAAAGCAAGAAGUAAAUACUUUAGAAUUGUUAAAUAUAUAAAUAAAGUGAAUAAAGUUGA